CUUGCGAUAGCUAUGGCUCCGUUGUUGCUGAAUGCGCCAGUGGGCCAUUCGUGUUCGUCCCGAUGCUCCACCAUAACCCAUUGCUCGGUUUUGCCAGCACCACCAAUCUCCUCGGGUAAAGGUUUCUUUUUUCCUUUGUUCUUCCCUUGCGAAGAAAAGAGUAUGAUAGAUUUGGAGGCUCGCAUCUCUGUAGCAGCUAGCACUGGAAGGCUCGACUUGAGCGAUUGUGGUCUCGAAGAAAUACCAGCGCAGGUCUUUGGUCUCUCGGAGCUUGUCGAUCUUUCGGUCGCAGGCAACCGCAUUACCAAUCUUCCCGAGGAGAUUUACAAGCUCAAAAACCUUCAAAGACUGGGACUUGCCGGAAAUUCUCUGCGUACUUUGCCAGAAAGUAUAGGCACCUUGACGCACUUGCAAGGACUAUGGGUCCAUGGGAAUCUUCUUCACGCUCUUCCUCCACAAAUAGGCAAACUCGAGCAGCUCCGGUUUCUAGCACUCGCCGGUAAUCAGCUGGCUAUUCUUCCAGAAACGCUUUCCGGUCUUAAGAACCUCGAGGUUCUUUCGGUGGCUGGCAACAAUCUCAUCGAGCUACCUUCUGGUAUUGGAUCUUUGUGCGCGUUGCGUAUUUUGGCAGUAUUUGGCAACCUCCUUUUCCAUCUUCCCUCAAGCAUUGGAAGCCUUCCAUCGUUGCAAGAGCUGUGGUUACAAGGGAACAGCUUGGAAAGCUUGCCAUCGACUUUAGACGGGCUGGUAUCUUUGAAACAGCUCUGCAUUGCGGACAACCAGCUUAAAUCCUUGCCCAGCUCUAUAGGAUAUCUACAAGCUUUGGAGUCUUUAUCACUGUAUGGAAACAAUCUUCAUCACCUUCCUCCAGCGCUCCAGGAUUUGAAAUCUCUUCGCAAUCUCUGGCUAGAGGGAAAUCCUUUUCAGGCUGAAUCCUUGUGUCACCUGCCAGAUGGUAUGAAGGCGUUUGGUGUGAGCUCAAAUGUGAAAUUGCCAGAUCAAAUCUCUUCCAAGCUCCUAGAAGUUUUAAGCGUAUCAGAUGUUGCUGGAACCGGAGACGCUGUGUCUGACGGUGGCUACUUCAAGCUUCACAGAUACAAUGCGAGAAAUCCAAAUUGGAAGGAAGCGACUGUUCUAGUUGUAGCAUUUGGAAGCGCUCCGGGUGUUCCCAACUGGGGAGGAUUGCUGAGCAGAGUCAAAAAAGAAAUGGAAGCCAGUGGAGUGACUCCAGCUUUCGACAUAUUAUAUGUUGUUGAUAGCUGGCGAUCUUGGUACACUCAAAACAAGGAACAAGUCGUGGAGCUGACCAGCAUUGUUAACUCGCGGCAGGAGCACCAACUUGGAAGCUAUUACAAGCGAGAACUGGAAGCUGCAGUGGAAAGCUACAAGCGAGUCGUCAUGCUGGGAGAUUCUAUGGGAGCAACAGCAGCAUUGCGCUUCUCACGGCUGGCUACUUCAGUUCUGGCCUUUUGCCCCCAGGUGGAUCUGGAGUCAUCCUCCAUCAGACCAGGGAAAGAUGCAUCGUGGCUGGAGCAGUACAAGCAAACGCUGCUCGACGCCGUCCGUGAGUCAAACGCGGAUAUCUCCGUCCACUGUGGAAGCUGGUCACACGAUUGCGCUCAAGCAAGGAUUCUACCCGGCACCAAGGUCAUGGUGACUGUCAAAGUUCACAGCGUGAACACGCACCGUCUCGCUAAAGAAUUGGAUUCACGAGGCUCUCUUGUGCCACUGAUCCGGAGCGAGAUCGAGAAAGAAAUGUCAUACUAAGCACG